UCAGAGCACAACAUUAAACAUAUCUGACGUCUAUAUCUCCAUCAUCAUCGCAUCUCAAUGUCCUAAUAACUCUUUGCAUUUCUGUGCCUCUUUAUGCUUUGGUUUCCCCCCUUCAAUCCGCGUUUUUCGUCAGUUAACCCGCUUAGCGUCUUUAGGGAUCUGAAGUUUGGCUCAGUUUGCGCAACCGGUGUGUGAACUGACCGUUAAAACAGCACGAUCCGAUCGCUGUCCAAACGUGAUUGUGUUAACACCAAGGGAUUCAUAUGAGCGUGCCUCCGGUGAUCCGACCGCCGAGCCCCAUCCCGGGGUCGCAAGGCAUUUCCUUCCAAAUCCAGAUCGGGUUAAGCCGGGAACCCGUCCUGCUGGACUCCGGCGAGUUCAGCCUGGCGCAGGUCCGAGAGAUGGCAUGCUCCAUCGUGGACCAAAAGUUCCCAGAAUGUGGCUUCUAUGGGAUGUAUGAGAAGAUUCUUCUUUUCCGCCAUGAUCCAAACUCUGAGAACAUUCUGCAGUUGGUGAGGUGCGCAGCAGACAUUAUGGAGGGGGACCUGGUGGAAGUUGUCCUGUCAGCCUCAGCAACUGUGGAGGAUUUUCAGAUCAGACCUCAUUCUUUGUUUGUUCACUCAUAUCGAGCUCCGGCGUUCUGCGAUCACUGUGGAGAGAUGCUGUGGGGUUUAGUGAGGCAGGGUCUGAAAUGUGAAGGCUGUGGGCUGAACUACCACAAACGCUGUGCAUUUAAAAUCCCAAACAACUGCAGUGGCAUUCGUAAACGACGACUGUCUAAUGUGUCCCUCACUGGGCUGACAAACACUCGCUCUAUAUCUGCUGAGCCAUCUCCCAGCACAUCUGAUGAGGCUUUACUGUCUCCUGUCAGUCCUAGCAUGGAGCAAAAAACACCAUCAGACAUCUUUCCUGGAAGAGGGCGCUCCAACUCCUACAUAGGUCGGCCAAUAGAGUUAGACAAGAUCCUGCUCUCUAAAGUGAAGGUGCCACACACAUUUGUCAUCCAUUCCUACACACGCCCCACAGUUUGCCAGCACUGCAAGAAGCUCCUCAAAGGCCUGUUCCGUCAAGGACUGCAAUGCAAAGAUUGCAAAUUCAACUGCCAUAAACGAUGUGCACCCAAAGUGCCAAACAACUGCCUUGGAGAGGUGUCAAGAAAUGGAGAUUUGUUGAGUCCUGGUGCUGAAUCAGAUGUGGUCAUGGAGGAGGGCUGUGAUGAUCAUGACGGGGAGAGACAUAGUUCACUGAUCGAUGAUAUGGAGGAAUCCCUGGUGGGCGACUCUGCUGCCCUUUUGGAAGCUGGACAUGGUGAGCUUGGAGAUUUCCAGGACCAAGACCCAGAUGAAUCCAACAGAAUCAUCAGCCCUUCCACCAGCAACAACAUCCCACUUAUGCGGGUGGUUCAGUCUGUCAAGCACACUAAGAGGAAAAGCAGCAAUGUUGUGAAAGAAGGCUGGCUUGUGCACUUCAACAGUAAAGACGCAUUGCGUAAGAGACAUUACUGGCGACUGGACAGCAAGUGUAUUACCCUCUUCCAGAAUGACACUGGAAGCAAAUACUAUAAGGAAAUUCCCUUAUCUGAGGUGCUGUCUUUGGAACCGGCUAAAACAUUCAACCUUCUCCCUGAGGGUGCCAACCCGCAUUGCUUUGAGAUUGCCACAGCAUCUCUGGUGUACUAUGUGGGAGAGAAUCUGUCUCGAGCUGACGGGGGAACAUUGGGCUAUGGAAGCAGUGUGCUUGUUAGCGGUGUGGGACAGGACGUGGCCCGCAUGUGGGAGAUGGCCAUUCAGCAUGCGCUUAUGCCUGUCAUCGCCAAGGGCAUAUCUCACGGAAGCCAUCACAGCCACCACAAAGAGGUCUCCAUUAGUAUCUCUGUAUCCAACUGCCAGAUCCAGGAGAAUGUGGAUAUUAGCACAGUGUAUCAGAUUUUCCCUGAUGAAGUACUUGGCUCUGGGCAAUUUGGCAUUGUCUAUGGAGGAAAACACAGGAAAACAGGCAGGGAUGUCGCCAUCAAGAUCAUAGAUAAGCUGCGCUUUCCCACCAAGCAGGAGAGCCAGCUGCGCAAUGAGGUUGCCAUUCUUCAGAACCUCCACCAUCCUGGCAUUGUCAACCUCGAGUGCAUGUUUGAGACACCAGAGCGUGUCUUUGUUGUCAUGGAAAAGCUCCAUGGUGACAUGCUGGAGAUGAUACUGUCAAGUGAGAAGGGGAGACUGCCAGAACGCAUCACCAAGUUUCUCGUUACGCAGAUUCUUGUCGCACUUCGUCACCUUCACUUCAAAAACAUUGUUCACUGUGACCUCAAGCCUGAGAAUGUUUUGUUAGCCUCAGCCGACUCUUUUCCACAAGUGAAGCUGUGUGAUUUCGGUUUUGCACGUAUUAUUGGUGAGAAGUCUUUCAGGCGUUCGGUUGUAGGCACACCGGCAUACCUUGCUCCAGAGGUGCUUCGUAAUAAAGGCUACAACCGCUCACUGGACAUGUGGUCAGUGGGUGUUAUCGUCUAUGUUAGUCUCAGUGGAACUUUCCCCUUUAAUGAGGAUGAAGACAUCCAUGACCAAAUCCAGAAUGCUGCGUUCAUGUACCCACCCAACCCCUGGAAAACAGUGACCCCAGAAGCAAUUGACAUCAUUAAUAACCUCCUGCAAGUCAAGAUGAGGAAGCGCUACAGCGUGGACAAGUCUCUCAGCCAUCCCUGGUUACAGGACUACCAGAUGUGGCUGGACCUGCGGACUCUGGAGUGCAAAAUGCAAGAGCGAUAUAUCACCCACGAAAGCGAUGAUUUGCGCUGGGAGCAUUUUGCAGAGCAAAAUGGCCUUCAAUACCCAGAGCACUUAAUCAACCCCCAUGCUGACGUAAGCGAACAGGCGGAGUCUGAGGAGGCUCUAAUGAGCAUGCUCAGCGACAGAGUCAGUGUGCUGUAAAUUGCUGCCUGUUCCUUUAAGGGCACAAUGGACCUCAAGCCAACUGUAUACUGCCAAAUCAAUACUUCAUUCAAUUGUAAAUGCCUAAACAAAAGUACUGCACAAUGCAUGGUUAACACAUUUUAUUAAGCAGUACACCACUGAUCAAGCACAGAUUUCACAAAACACACAGUGCCUAAACCACAAAAGCCAACCUAGCCAUACCUGAUGUGGAGAAAACAUUAUGCCCAAAUAUAUAACAACCCAUUUAAAAAAAAAAAAAAAAAAAAAAAACUCAACUCAAAAUUUGUUGUCUGAACUAAUUUUAUUUACAGACCCCUUUUGUUUCUAAGGCACCCGUCUGGCUUUGGAGCUUAACCAGAGAAUUGAAAUCAGUAUUAUCUUCUAUUUAAUGUUUGCCAUUACCAGGCAUAACACAGUGCAAAUACACUGUAGUAGAAGUAUUGUUGGUAUAACUCACUAAAAUGUCAAAUAUAUGAGAAAUGUGUUAUAAAAUUAACUUAAAUUAUUUAAUAAUGCUAAAUGCUAACUUUACUGCUAAAGUUGGAUAAUACCACUACAAGUUUGCGAUGACAUCAGUGCAUUAGUGGUAAUAACUUGAAACAUAAAGCAGAGCACAUUUAUAGCUUUUGUGUUUAUUGGCUUAUGAAUGUAGUGUGUGUCAGAUGCGUAGCCAGAAACAAGACUUUGGGUGUGCCAAGAGAAAACUGGGUGAGCAAGAACUAAAGCACAAUUAAGUGAAAUAUAAUAAAAUGACCAUUAACAACCAUUGCAUCGAUUUCUUUUUGGCUAUUUUUUUUAAACUGUGUAGUUUAAAUGACUAUAAAUAUACAACUAUUAUAAAUAAUUAACAUUUUAUUAAAAUUAAAUAUAUAAAAAUAUAAGGCUUAAUAAUUCGGCAAAGAAAAAAAGUGGAUUGAAUGAUUCAUCAUUAUUUUCCAAAAUAAGCUAAAGACACAAAUAUAAAUGGUUACAAUACAAUUUGCACAAUACAGAAAAAAAUUACAAAACACACCAGGUUAUAGUAACUUUAAUUGGUUUAAAAAGUUAAUUGUGGAUAAGAAAUAAAUUGGUAAUGCACAACUUUAAGAAGAUUCUUAACCGUAUCCUCCAAAUAUUCCACAAUAUUCAUAAUAUAUAAUAAUUGGGGUAGAAAAGAACAACACUUAUGAAUGCAUGUCUUUAUAAAUAAUGAGGCAUAAAUCCAAAAUCAUUAGCAUAAACGUUCUUAAUUUAAAGUGUGUGUUUGUUUCUUCAUUCAUUCACCCGGCAUCUGUUGUGAGAGUGCGUGCGUAAUCUUAGACAGCCUCUAUAACACAUUGGGUAUAAUUAUAGUCAUUAUAAUUGAUUAUUACAUUUUGUAAUCGAUGCAUUGAAGUUUAAGAAUAAUAUUGAUUAUUUUAAACCCCAAGAUACCAAAAAGCAUACCCCUUAACUUAGUUAAGUUUUGGGUGGCAGUUACUCACCAUGGCACACCCAUGGCUACGCCACUAGUGUGUGUGUGUGUGUGUGUGUGUGUGUGUGUGUUGCUUUGGGGGUUGGUUAUGUUAGUGUUCAGUGCAAUUGCAAGCCAGCAAAGCAACAAUGCCUGUGGACUGAAGACAUUUUCCUUUUGCUUUCUUCAGAGAUGUCAGAAUAAAAGUACAGCUGGCACGCAUAUAUUGUGUUCUCAUGACAGAUCUCAGUGUGUUUCUUUAAUGUUCCCUUUAAGUGAAUAUCUGAAGUGUAACACACAGCUCUAUAUAACUGUGUGCUCACCAGCAGUUCUGUACAAAAAGGCUGA